UCUUUCCCUACCUUCCCUCUUUUCUUUCUUUUUCCUCCCCUUCUUUCUUCCCCCCAUUUUCCCUCCCCUUCACAUUUACUCCCCCUUCCAGCUUCCCUCCUUUCCCUCUCUCCCUCUAUUCUCUCUCUUUCCUCCCUCAUUCUCCCUCCUCUCUCUCUCUCCCUUCUCGGACUGGCUCCCGCGCGGCGCGCGCCCAUUUAAAUGCAAACGGCGUGCACGAGUCUGCGCGCGCUCACCUCGGCUCGCCGCUCCGGGAGUUGCGGCGGAGGCAAUGACGCCCGGGAAAGGGUAAAUCCCAUCCCCCCCCCGGGCUGCAGUCGAUGGAAGGGGAGGGCGAUUCCGCAGCGUAAGACGAGGUACACAGCAGCAUCUCAAUUGAUGUCUUCUUUACUGCAUCAUGAAAGUCGGGCUGGUGGCAGCAUCAGCAGCAGUAACAAAAAAAUCAGGAAGAAAUUUGGUGCCACUGCUCCACAGUUUAUUGAUUAUCUGAAAGAGAUACUACGUCGAUACCCCGAUGGAGGCCAGAUUCUUAAGGAAUUGCUUCAAAAUGCAGAUGAUGCUGAAGCAAAUGAGGUGGUGUUUAUAUUUGAUGAAAGAACUUAUGGGUCAACAACUUUGUUUGUGAAGGAUCUUAAAAAGUUUCAAGGUCCGGCUCUCAUAGUAUACAAUGAUUCAGUGUUUUCAGAAGAGGAUUGGCAUAGCAUUCAAACUACAGGAACCAGUAAUAAACGUAAUGAUCCCAGCAAAGUUGGCCAAUUUGGGCUCGGAUUCAAUACUAUUUAUCAUAUCACAGAUGUACCAAGCAUAUUCAGUGGGAAAUAUAUUGGUAUAUUUGACCCUCAGCAAAAGCUGUUUGGCGAACAGGAAGCAGGAUAUAUAUGGACUCUUGAUGACCCAGAAGACAGAAAUGAUCUUGAACACUCAAGUGAUCAGUUCAGAUCAUUCAAAUAUGCCAUGGAAGCGAUUGGGACAACAACGUGGAGUAAUGCAUUGAAAGAGAAUUAUUUCAAAGGAACAUUGUUUAGGUUUCCUUUGAGAACUGAACCUUCAGAGAUCUUAGCUACCUUGUAUGAUAGAGAUAAAAUCUUUGAUCUUUUUGAUUCCUUUAGAGCAGAUGAAGAUAUGAAUCUCUUAUUUCUAAGAAAUGUUGCAACUGUCUCAAUUAAACAUAUUGACACCGAUGGAAAUGUGAAGGUCCUUUCAAAAACAGCAGCUUUACAACCUGAACACUUCCCCAGUUUUAAUUGGAACCUCAAUGGUCAAAACCAAGAGCUGUUCUCCAAGGUUAAAUCUUCUACCUGCAUCAGAGCUGUUUCUCAAUACUUUGUCAAUGAAAAACAUCACAAUCACUGGUUAAUAACAAACUGCACAGGCAUUGCAGGUGAAUGGGGCAAAUUAGAUGAUCUGGCUGAGAGGCUGGGUUAUACGCCAUGUGUUGGAUUGGCUUUUCCAUUGAAUAAAGUAGAAUCUUCAGAAACUAGCGCCAAAACAGGCUUUGAAGGCCGUCUUAGUUUCUUUCUACCGCUUCCAAAUAACGAGGCCAACAAGACAGGAUUGCCAGUCCAUGUAAAUGCCUCCUUUGGACUUUCAGACAACCGGAGACAUAUCAAGUGGAUUGAAUCAGACCAAAGAUAUGAUGAAGCUGCCCAGUGGAAUGAGCUCCUGAUAGAAAAGAUCCUUCCUUAUGCAUACAGCCAACUCAUCCUGGAUGCCAUUACUCUGGCUAAAGCCUCAGUGCUAAAACCCUUCUCGGUGUAUCAUAUCUGGCCAGACCUUGAGAAAAUGAAUCGUAAGGACCGUUGGGUUAACAUAGCUAAAGAAAUCACUAAACGUUUGAUGAAACUUAAUACUCUGUGCUUGGCUUCCUGUGAGGAUAACUGGAUAACUGCUGGCAAAGCCAUCUUUUUGCAGUGCUGUGAUCGGCCUGAUAUGAGGCAGGCAAUUGAGAAUGUUUUGAUAAAGGAGUCUCAGCCUUUGGUUAGAGUCCCAGUGCAUGUGUUUAAGGCCUUAGAAUUUGCAUCAGAAAAUCAAAGUGACUUAAAUAUUAUCACUCCAGCAUACCUACGAAACAUUCUUCAACAUUGUGAUUUGAAUACUUUGCCAUAUGAACAAAAAUUACUGCUUCUAGAGUACGUUUUAAGCGAUGAGCAAUAUAGUUCCCUCAACAACCUUGCACUAUUGCCACUCACCAAUGGAUCCUUUGUAAGAUUCCAAAUCAGUUCAUGUGAUGAGCCUGUAUUUACUGACUCAGCAAAAUUUCCAAGGAUUUUACUUCCAGGACUUGAGGAGAGAUUUUUGCCUGAAGAGCUUUGUGAAACUUUGCUGGACCAUCUAAAGAAGAUUGCUUACAGUCAAAUAUUUGCCAAUGUCAUCUGUUUGGAUGCGAAUACUGUGAGGCAGUACAUUUGGAAAGCUCUUCCUGAGACCUGGAGUGGAACAUUUGGUCCUGUAACAUGGGAUAUUUUAAAUAGACAGCACCCACCAGAGCACUGGCUUGCAGAAUUUUGGAAUUUCUUGAAUAACAAUUGUAAAACACUGGAUAAGUUUGAAGGGUUGCCACUCAUACCACUCAACUCACUAAAAGAUUGUGCGAACAGUAUCCAGCUCGCACAUUUGUCAAAAAACAUCACCACAAUAUUUCAAAUGCAAACUGGUUACAAUUUACCAGGUACAAUUGCAAGUAUAAUUACAAGAGCUGGGGGCAGCAUAGUUCAGAGCACUGAUGAAUUUCUAAAGCAUCAGCAGCUAUCUGAGUAUGUGUUUUUACCCAGUCCAAAUAACGUCUUAAAGGUUUUUUUGAAUCUGGGUUGUGAUCAGGUGGUAAAAGAGAUUGACUGUAUGUCAACUGAAGACAGAAGAUCUUUGAGAAGUUUUCUUGCAGAAGCAUCCAUUUUUGAGACUGACGAGAUAAAUAUGUUAUUCAAGUUACCAAUCUUUCAACAGAUGACUUCCCUUCGGCCAUCAGACAAAGGGUUUAUCACAGCUGGACCACAUGGAGCCCUGAGUAAUGAUGUCUACCCUGAGAUCCCAGAUGAUGUGCCUCUACCAGAAACUGUACUUAAGUGUGUGGAUGAAAACGACAGGAAACUACUGCUGAUGAAAGGAAAACUACUGACAGCGGCAGAUGUUGCUUUGCUCAUGUUGAAGGGAGUAGAGACCCAAAAGUACGAGCCUGAGCAAAUUGAAAAGUGGGUACCCUGUAACACUUGUCCAAAAACACUGACAGAACAUAGGAAAGUAAAGAUUAAUUUUUAUAAGCUUGAAAAUGUAAGGGAUUUGAAAUACGCCAACAUCGUGGGGCUAGUGAUGCCACUUACUGACAAGUUCAUUGAGAAGGCGGGCAAAAUCCUGGGCCUACUGAACUUACCACCAGCUGAGAAGGUGGUUGAAAACCUCCUACUGAUGGUUAACCAGAUAUCCAAUUCUGAUUUGGACCUGAGUUGUUAUGUAAAAAAAGUCCCGCAGGAAAUCGCCCAAUAUAGAGAGUUACUACUUGAAUGUGGGGUGAAAAAUGGUUACAGCAACAAUGAAGUUAUUCAGAUACUCUAUAAGUUAAGAGAUAAUGCGGUUAAAAUGAACACUGGCUGUGGUAGCCCAAGUGAAUUGAAGACCGUUAUUUCUAUACUGGAUUGGAUGCGCAGAAAUAACUUCUCACCCAAGAGUGACCUUCCUGUCCCUGUGUGGAAAGGCACCCAAGAUGGAUUCUGCUUGAAGCCAUGUUCCAAAGCUGUUCUGUGUGAUUUAGAUAAGGGAACAAUGGAGGCUUUUAAUAAGCGUGAUGAAAAUAUUCAUAUUCUUCAUAAAGAUAUAAGCCUCGCCAUUAUUGAAUGGCUUAAUGUGCCCCCUUUAAGCAGCAAGAUGCUGCAAUCUGAACUGAUUGGAAUUGAGCAAUAUGGACAAGUAGAACCCAUUGUACUGAGAAUUAAGAACAUUUUGAAAGAAUAUGAUCAAGAACAUGACCUGUUCAAAGAGAUGCUUCAAAAUGCCGAAGAUGCUGGUUCUACAGUCUGUAGUUUCCUAGUAGAUAUGAGACAACACAAAGAUUCACCUGAAAGUCUCAUUGAUCCUGGCAUGGCUUCAUGUCACGGACCGGCACUCUGGUCAUACAACAAUGAGUGUUUCACCGAUGAAGAUUUCCACAACAUAACUCGAAUUGGGACAGCUUCCAAAGAAAAACAGGUUGAUAAGAUUGGUAAAUUUGGACUUGGAUUUAAUUCUGUUUAUCACAUAACCGAUGUUCCAUCCAUCCUCAGUGGAAAAUAUUUGCUUAUUUUUGACCCAAAUGUUACUCAUCUUAAGAAAUAUAUUCAUUCUGUAACUAACCCUGGAAUAAAACUUAAUCUGUAUGAACAUAGACGGUUAAUUCAAAAAUUCCCUGGACAGUUUAACCCCUACAAUGGAAUAUUUGGGUGUAAUUUUAAAAUUUCCACUGGAGAAAAUUUUUAUUAUGAAGGAACCCUCAUCAAGUUGCCCUUUAGGACUCCAGAGGAGGCUGCAGUGUCAGGGAUCUCCAGCAAGUAUUAUAAUCAGAAACACAUCAUGUCCUUGGUGGAUAGUUUCAAGCAGACAUCAAAAGAUCUCAUCAUAUUCUUAAAGAAUGUGAGAAAAGUUUCACUGAAGUUCGUUAAUGAACAUUCAGUUCAUGAAAACCAGUUAAUCUCUGUAUUCAAAAUGGAACGACAAAUACUUAACAUAAUUGAGAUGGCAGAUAACUUCCCACUGAAGAAAAUGCAAGAAAACGCUAUCAACAUAAUGGAAAGCACAAAUAAAUUCUCCAGAAAAAUCAGAAGUCUAAGAAUUUCAACCAUUAUACAGGUUACAGAAGAAACAAUAGAUAAUCCCAGUCAUAGAAAAUAUUGGUUAGUUCAUACAUGUUUUGGAAUGGCAAAAGCCUUGCAGUUUUCAUGCAGUAAAGCUACAAAUACUUAUUUUGCCCCUCCUCUUGGAAGCGUGGCCAUUCCACUCAAAAAGAAGAAAGAAACAGGACACUGGACUCCGAACACGGAGGCUCAGGUGGGGCAAGUGUUCUGCUUUCUGCCUCUUUCCCUUCAGUGUGGUCUUCCUGUUCACAUUAAUGGAACAUUUGCUGUCACAUCGAAUAGGAAGAAUCUUUGGAGCUCUGGAGCAAAAGGAGAAUGGAAUCAAGCGCUUUUGGAAGAUGCAGUUUCUGCAGCUUACAUCACCUCUAUUUCACUCAUGCAGCAAAUGUCUCAGAAAGGAGAAUUUGAAGAUUAUGAUUACUACACAUUUUGGCCCAAUGUGAAAAAUGUGGAUAACCAAUUUAGAGUUAUUGUAGAAAAUUUCUACCGAGCAAUUGCACACGGAAUCAAUGGUGUUAGAGUCAAAGCAUUCAGCAAUGGACAAGACUGGGGCACAAUAAACCAUGCUCGUUUUUUGGAUUCUUCCAUUGUUGAAAACAAAAGGGUUGGAGAGAUUGCAAUUACUGAAUUUUCCAAAUACUUAUCAAAGCCCUUAAUUUCAGUUACGUUACCGGAUUGGGUUAGGCAAGGUUUCGUUGCCAGCGGAUUUGGGCAUUUGAUUGAACAAAACACAUAUACUUGGGAAUCAUUUUACAAGGAAAUUGUAUUUCAGAACUUAACUACGCUAAGUCCCAAUACCAGAAAUGUCCUUAUUAUUUAUGCAAUUGAUAUGAGGGAUGCGUCUAUUGAUGAGAUGCUAGUGACAAAACCUUGUAUUCCAUCUAGCGGGAAGAGAGGUCUCCAAUACAUUAAAAAUCUUGUGCAUCCAGAGGGCAAAGUUGCUUGUCUUUAUGAUGAAGAGGAAGGACGGUUUCCCCUAGGACAUACUAAGGAUUUUCUCCAUCCUGAGAGAUUAUUAAGAUUGGAAAUGCUUGGGAUGGUAAAAGGCAGAAUUGCUUUCCUUGAUUUAAUUGAAAGAGCGGAGACAAUUGAGAAGAUAUGGCCCCUUGAGAGGAACAAAGCAUAUCAACGAGUUCGCCAUAUUUUGGAUUUGCUCAAAGAUCUGAAUGAAGUCAGCGAUGAAGACCUGCAAACUUUACAGAGUAUUUCAUUCCUCCCAGCUUUUCUUCCGCAUAGUUGGGAGAAAGAUAAUACUUUAGAUGCUGUAGUUUUACAGAAAGCAAAGGAUGUAUACAGUUGCAAGUACUAUGCACUAGUAAGUAUGAUGGAAAUGGUUUUAGAUAAAGAGCUGUUGAAAGGGAUUAAACUGUCUGCAGAAGCAAUUUCCUAUCUAGGUUUGAACAAACAACCACCUGUUGAGAUUGUGUUAGAACAACUAAAGCAGGCAUAUGUGCGUAAUAGUCUAACAAUUAAUGAACUGAAACGAUUAACUAAGGAAUGCUACUUCUACUUGAAUAAACAGUUAAAGGGAGAUUCAGAAUUAAAAAACACGAUCUUCAAUGCUGCUCAAGAAUUUCCUUUCAUUUUAGUACAUGGACAGUUUGUCCCUGUUGAGUUGGUUGCUUGUAAGGUUUCAUUUGAUGCUGCUCCAUACUUAUAUGAACUUCCUAAAGAAUACAUAGAGUGCGAGGAAUUAUGGAAGUGCCUGGAGAUCAAGGUACAUUUUAAACUGCAAGACUAUGUCUCUGUUCUGACAAGAAUGUCAGAAAAAUACAGUGGGACAAGGCUCUCCGAUAGUGAUCUUGCUGUGUGUCUUAGAAUUGUAACUACAGGAUUCGCAGAGGCCUCAGAACAGGAAGAUAUCUUGCAGAAUGUUCUCCUGCCUAAUCAACAUUGUGUCCUUCAUUCUGCUCAAACAUUACAGUACAAUGAUACACCAUGGCUUGUCGUCGGAGAUGACGUCAAUCUCUGCCACAGUCAGAUCGCUAGAGAAACAGCUAUCCGUUUCCACGUUCAGACAACAAAACACAGCGCGAUGAAAAACCUUCAAGUCAAAGAUUUGUCAUUAUGGGCACGAGAAUUUGGCCAGCAGGAAAAAUUAACAGUCCGUUUAAAAAAUAUCAUAAAGGCUUAUCCAUCCAAGAAGGAUAUACUAAAGGAGUUGAUUCAGAAUGCAGAUGAUGCCGAGGCCUCAGAAAUCCAUUUUAUUUGGGAUCCCAGAAAGCACGGCAACACAAAGACCUUUGGUGAGGAAUGGAAUGCACUUCAGGGACCUGCGUUGUGUGUUUACAAUGACAAGAAGUUCACUGACAAAGACAUCGAAGGUAUACAACAGCUUGGAGAAGGAGGAAAGCGCAACAGUCCAGAAAAAACUGGAAAAUACGGGCUUGGUUUUAAUUCAGUGUAUCACUUGACGGACUGUCCUUCCUUUAUAUCAGGUGACAGCAUGCUGUGCAUCUUCGAUCCGCACUUAGCUAUGCUGGGCACGGCAAAGCCACAUUCCCCAGGAGGUAUGUUCACAGUCAAUCAGAAAUUUAAAAAUACAUUUGAGGAUGUUUAUACUACUUUUCUCCCUACCUUCUUCAAUCUCGAAUUGGGUACCAUGUUCCGGUUGCCGGUGAGAACAGCAGAGAUGGCAGAAAAAUCUGAUAUCUCAAAGCAGGCAGUCACAAAGGAUGUGAUUCUAGAAUUGCUGGAAGUAUUGAAAGAAGAUUCUGAUAGUCUCCUUUUGUUUUUAAAUAAUAUUAAGAAAAUCGGUUUUCAUAAAGUGGACAAGAAAACAAGUGACCUGCACGAAAUCUUUACCGCAGAAGUAGAAAUGGCACUCGAUAGCAUCGCCAAGCAGGAAUGCCUGAAGCAUUGUAUCCAGAGGUGCUCGAAUUACAAGACUGCAGUAUCCAAAAUGGAAUUUCAUCAAGUGAUCUAUGAGAUGGAGAUUCGAUCUUCGGUCAAAAAUCCAACCAGGUGGAUUUUGGCAAAUCAAGUGGGUAUUCAUGAAGCAGAAUUAACUGAGUCAGUGCAGAGCUUUUGUUUGAAACUGGGUCAUCCGUUUUUGCCCCGGAGCUCUGUUGCUGCCUGUAUCAACUGCAGUAACUUUCAAGGUAAAGCCUUUUGUUUCUUGCCUUUGCCCAUAGAAACUGGUCUGCCCGUACACAUCAAUGGAAACUUCGCUGUUGACUUUGCCAGGCGAGAUCUUUGGAAACAGGAUGGCCAAAGUGGAAAGAUGAAAUGGAACAACUUUUUAAAAUUACACUUAAUUGCACCUUUGUAUGCAGAUUUACUUGAUUACAUUCGGAUACAUUUACUUGGUACUAGAGUAGGUCCACUAAAAUCUGACAGUUUGGAAUUAUGCCUCAACGUCAUUGAACCCAGUUAUCUAUGCUUCUUCCCCCAUGUCUCUGAAGAAGUCCCUCAAGAAUGGCAAUUAAUGAUCAAUCAAGUUUACAAAUGCAUUGAUCAAAAAAGCCUUUGUCUGAUCCCAAUAGCCAAACGUGAAAAUAAUAAGUUUUGUAAUGAGAAGAACAUUAUUAAUAUUUUUUGGUCCAGCUUGAGCAAGGAAAAAAGAGAUGAAGUUCCUCAUUUUGUAACUACUCACAUCACAGUGAAACUGGUCGAAAUUCUAGAGGAUAUUGGUAUGAAUUUAGUCUUACAAUCUAACGUUAUGCACAAAGUUUUGAAGAGUUUACAAAGAGCAUGUUUGGAGGUUUCUCUUUUAAACCCAGGAGCAGUCAGGAAGUUUCUUCAAAUCCAUCCGCUGAACAAUGCAGAGGUAACAAACAGUAACUACCCAUUCCCGCUCAGUGAAUCCUUGAUUAAAGAUGGUGCUAGGUGCGUGACUCUUUUAGACUACUGUCUCUCUGAUGUCAAGGAAGGAAAUUAUAAUGUUAUAAAUCACUUACCUUUAUUGAUCACACAAGAUAAUAUGCUGGGAAAAUUUAAACGAACCUCUCCCAAAUAUAUUACUAAAUUCCAUGAUUUAUUUCCAGAAUUUCAGCCACACUUCGCAAACUAUGAUGUCAACAAGAGAUAUAAGGACCUUCUUACUACAGCUCUUUAUUUAGAAGAUUUUACUAUUUCAAGAGCAGAGCAAUUUAUCCGAAACAAACUUGGAUAUAGAUUUCAGAUUAAUUCUACAGACCCACAUUCAUGGCUAAAGUUUACUGAAAAUGAACAGCAUUCAGAGUGGCUGAAGAAAUUGUGGAAGUAUUUUGAGAGCCAGGUGAAAUAUGAUGAUGAUACUGAGAACACAUUUAAUAAUUUCAAAUUAAUAUUCUCAGACCUUGCAAUAUUACCUGUAGUAUGUCCAAUUUAUCAUGACCAGUGUCUACUUGCACCUGUGGGAGCAUUAAAUAGUGUUAUUUGUGAAAUGACACAAACGAGCAUAGCACAAAUUCUGCUAAAACUUGGGUUUGCUAAAAUUGCUGCUGAUUACUUUUCCAUGAAAGUACUAUUUAAUUGCAUUAGACCUCACUCAUUAAGGACUGAUGACAAAGCCUCCAUUUUACAACAUCUGCGUUUGACAAAAUUAAAGUGGAAUAACUUAAGUGAGUGGGAAAUUGAAACUAUUUUGAGGUUCCUUCAUUCUGGAAUGCAGACAAGUGAUGAUAGACAUAACUAUCAGGACCAGCUAAAAACUCUUCCACUUUUUGAAACAAUGGAAGACAGUUUUGAGAGUAUUGAUAUGUACAAUGUGAUUUACAUUCUAAAUACACAAUUCACUAAUAUAUUUCCAAACUUAUAUAAAUUAGACAGCUCAUGUAUAUUUUUGAAAAAAACGAGGAUAAACACUGAGGUGUCAGAAGAUUUGGGGAUACAGAUAAUUGAUGAUUUGCAAUUCUUGAUGGAUUAUAUCCUUCCUAAUAUUGAACAAAUAUUUAAUGAUCAAAAGCUGGAUGUUGUUCGUCUCUUGUAUGAUAUCAUCUGUUGUUAUAGUGCAGAGUAUGACCUGAAGAAAGAAAAGAUUGUGUCUAAUCUCAGAAACAUAAAACUUAUCAAAGCCAACAGCGGAAUAUUUCAAAAAGUUUCUUAUUUCUAUGAGAAGAGAGAACCGUUGUUUAAAAUUAUGAUUCCUACAGAAAAGUUUGUCCCUGAGAGCUUUUUCAAAGAAAUGGGAUGCUAUUAUGAUGAUUCCAAUUUGAACAAGUUACUGAAGGAUCUGGGAAUAAAGUGCUCUGUUUCUUCAGAUGAUUUUAUUACUUUUGCAUUGCAAGUUUCAGAAGAGGUGAACCUGCAUGCUCCUUUGAAAGAACUAAUUGAAAAAAGUGAUGCUUUAAUCACCUACUUCUGUAAUGUCGAUGAGGAGAACCUUCAAAGGGAUUUUUAUGAAAAAGUGGCAGAUAUCAAAUUUGUCUAUCCACACAGAGUUCGAGAGUGUUUACGUAACUUACAUCCCCCUUUUGCAGAAGGGAGGCAUUUUGUUGCUUUAAGGGACUCAUUGGUGAAACAACGGGAGGAAGAUGAGGAACUGGUUUGGGCUUCCAUGCCGAUAUUACCAUCAAAGUGUACACUCUCAAGAAAUAUGAGCAGAUUAAAAGCUGCUGGUGCUGUUUAUGCUCCUCCGGAGUCUGUAGUUAUAACAAACCUUAGAAAAGUUUGCUUAGCCCCCUGUAAAAGUUGUAGUGCCUUAAAAACAAGAUCUAGAGUGCUUCAGACUGCUUAUGGCUUCCUUCAGAAUCAUUCAUUUGAUGUGUUGCCUCUGAUUGAUCUUCCAAUUGUUCUUGUAGAAGAGGGCAUUCUGCUGAUAAGAAUCAGCCAGGUGGUGUUCUCAUUACAAAAUUACAAUGAUUUUCAUCCCUAUUUGUACCGGCUCCCUCCAGUGCUGGCUCCAUACCAUGAGUUCUUCCAGAAGCUGGGGGUCGCUCUGGAACCAUCGGCAUGUCACCUUGUUCAGAUACUCCGGUCUCUCUACGAAGACACCGGUAAAGUGAGUAGCUUAAAUCCAAACCAAAUGAUGACCGUUAAACGAACCUUGUAUCAUCUGUUUACACUUUUGGAGUCUAGAACAGAGGAACGAGCUGUUGAGAAACUAAAGCCAUUAUACCUCCCAGCAAGUGAUGGUAUUAUGUACCCAUCCAAUACAUUGUGUUUUAACGAUAGGAUUAGUACAGGUUCCAGAAGAGAUGUCAGUGUUUUAAAUGGAAAGUUUAAUUUUCUUCUAGAUCUUGGUGAAUGUCACUUGAGUUCUGAUCCUUACAAGCAGAUAAAUCUCUUACAGUUUCUACCCGAAGAAAUUCGCCCCAGUAUGCUCUCUCAAAUAACAGAGGAAAUUCUUAAUGAAUCAGUUCUAUGUUUGUGUUCACAUGGAGAUAACUGCACUUUCAGAAAUGAUUUCUACAAGAUUCUUGUGUCCCCUAACUUUAGAGGUGGACUAAUGAGCUUGUUAAAGGGCCAGUGCAGCAGGGAGCUGCCUGUGAGAGAAAUUGAGCAUAAUUGUGAAAAUGUCUUUUCCAAAAUGCAGAUCAUCUGCUGCAAGAAACUAGAAACGAUUCUUUGCUUGGGGUCAGAACAGCUGAGUGAUACCAGCAUUGAGAAACAAGUCUAUACCAAGAUAGGCAGCACAGGUAAUGGCAUGGUUUACCUGGAGCACAGAGAUAAUGUACCAUUCAGCAUGAAAACCGUCAUUAUCCAUUCACUGGCGACAGAGCUCAAUGUACUGUUGAAGAAUGCCUUAAACAAAGAUUCACUAUUAAUUCUGGUGCUGAUGCUCAGUUGUGAAAAUCCACAAGACAUAAAGAAAGUGUUGGAAGAGAAAGGCAUUAACACAAGUAAGUUAAAAGUAGAGAAGCCAAUGAACCAGCCUAAUCCUGGAGAUCCUGUUCCAGAGGAACUUAUUCACACACUGGAAAUGGAUAUUGCACAUCAUUUCAAAGCUGGUGAAUAUGUGGCUUACAAAGGUUCCAAUGCAAACGAUUAUGUCUACGCCAUUUUUAUUGAGCGGAUAAACACUGAUAACUUUGCCAAAGAUAUAAAAAUGCAAAGGUAUAAGAUAAAGAUAGGUAUAGGCUCCUUCACUACAGUCAACCAUCUGGACUUGUAUAAAUUCAGUCAACAAAAGAUGCCUGGAGAAAUAUGCCAGAAAGUUGUUGUACAGGAUGCACCAAAAGACAAGCAACAAACAUCCAGCCAAAAGUAUGAAUCUUUAGACAGCAUAAAGAAAGAAAUUCAUGAUUAUCUAAAGGAAGUAAGAAAUCUCCCUCAGGAUGAGAGACAGAAAGCAAUUCGUCGCCUUUACCUGAAGUGGCAUCCAGACAAAAAUCCAAAUAACACUGAAGUAACAACGCAGUUGUGCCACUUUAUUCAAGAGAAGGUGAAGCAGCUGGAUGUCAACCGAGCUGAGAACGUGAGCAGCUCGUCAAGUUACAAAAGCUCCUACUCCAGUAAAGAGGAAGAUUUUUCAUCAUUUUUUAAUCAGUGGAAUAGUGAGGCAUCAAGGCAUAAGAAGAGCCAAUCACAGCAGAGAAAAAGCCACGGUGCCAAUGAAUUCUGCUCAUUCCCAAAGAAAAACCAGUCCAAUCCAGAAGAGGCUCGAAGGUGGUUUAGACAAGCGAGAUGUGAUCUGAGAGCAGCUCACAAUGACCUGGGAUAUUCUGGCCUAGAUGGCACUGCCAUUGAAUGGCUGUAUUUUAAGAUUCACCAAGCGGUGGAGAAAGCUUUGAUUGCUGCAGAGUACAAGAGAAGUGGAAUAUGUGUUAGUGAUCACAGCAUCACCUACCUUGCCAACCAGGUAUCAAGUUACAGUGCAAAACUAUCAGACCUGGUGAGCUUGGUGAAUAAACUCAAAGAUUAUGGAGUAGAUAGCAAGAAGACUCAGUAUCCCAACUAUCAUUCACAGCCCCACAUCCCGAAUGAUCUCUUCAAGUCAGGUCAUGAACAAGAAGUCCUGAUUUUAGCACGAACAAUUCUGGAUAGUAUUGAGGAGUUCAUCGCAAGUAACACAUAGGGAUAUUCCCCUUAUUCCUUAUUAGUAGCUGAUAGAAGGUAGAAGCAUUGUUCAAGCAAGUCACUGACGGAUGCAGCAAACAAAGUCAAGUCAAACUUGAUCCCUAUAGAUGCUGAUACCCUUUUGUCUAUACUCUGGUAUCUGACAAUUUACUAAAAAGAAGAGCUAAUGACCAGAUAACUGUAAAUUGUUCUCAUGUACAUACCUGUCAGAUAAAUGUUUCUGCUUAGUGAACUGAACCAAAAUCAUUUUCUACCUGCAUUUAUUAUAUUCACUUUUAUAAUUAGCAAUAAAAUAACUUGUGUUAAAUUACUUUCUUGUCUGAGCAAACUUAUUUUUUAAACUCAGAUGACAUAAUUGUUCUAUAAAUAAUUGGACCCACUAUCCCAUUGUUGCCACACCUUCUAAUUAAAAAAUACAGUACAACAUCUACCCUCAACAUCCCCUAAACUUUAGACAGGUGAUGAUGGAAACAUGUUAUCCACUGUACAGAAACUAUAUUGAUAAAUUAGACUAAGGCUCAUCUGUAUCCCUUUUGCCAAUCACCUUUCCAGCUCUUAGCUUCACCCCACCCCUCCGGUCUUCUCCUAACAUUUCAGAUUUCCCCCUCCCCCUCCUACUUUCAAAUCUCUUACUAUCUUUUCUUUAAGUUAGUCCUGAUGAAGGGUCUCGGCCUGAAACAUCGACAGUGCUUCUUCCUAUAAAUGUUGCCUGGCCUGCUGCGUUCCACCGGCAUUUUGUGUGGGUUGCUAAGGCUCAUCUUUCUAUUUCCUAUCAACUUUAAUGUAAAGUGCAGCAUUAAAUUGAAUUUAAUUCAAACAUUGUGUUGAACUCCAUUAACAAGUAAAGAUGUAAUUAGAACAAUCAAUCCAUUGCAUGAUGGAUGUAGACAAAAUUAGAUCAUAGAACAGUACAACACAAGCCCUGUGGCCCUCAAUGUUCUACUGGACUUUUAACUACCCCAGGAACAAUCUAACCUUUCCCUUCCACACAGCCCUCCAUUUUUUCUGUCAUCCAUGCGUCCAAGAGUCUCCUAAAUGUUCCUAAUUUAUUUGUAAUGCACCCACCACUCUCUGUGUGAAAAAAAACCUCUAACGUCCCCUAUACUCUUCUCCAACCACCUUAAAAUUAUGAUCUCUCUUAUUAGCCAUCAGCACCCUGGGAAAAGGCACUGUCUGUCCUCUUUAUUUAUGCCUCUUAUCAUCUCUAUUAAGUCACCUCUCAUCUUCUCUCUCUCUCUCCAAUGAGAAAACCCUACCUCACUUAGGUUUGAUUUUGUGUGAUGCUCCCACAGUUCAGUGACAGAUUGGCAAUAUAUAGCAGUACUAUAUCCUGCAGGAACCAGGGAUUCAUAGAGAGGGAAUGCCAGUUGACUAAAAUCUACUGCAAACUGGGAUUGUGUUGAAAUAUACAGUAGGUGCACGUUGUAACAGUGAACAAAGUUGCUGGAGAGACACUGAAGCUGGUGGGUGUAGAAGCCUUUAAUUUCCAAGAUGGCGGCAUGAUGCAGCUUGCAGCAGCCACUCUGGAGAUGAUUAUCUGUUAUUUGUGAAGUGGGGUGCCGUGCGCAAUCAUAAUCGAUUGAAAACGGACGUGGGAACAUGGAGGAACAUCGGGAAAUCUCCAGGAAGACCUUCUUCGUUGCUGCUGCUGCUGAGAGGUCCGGGACUCUGCUGGGAAGAACAGGCCCCCAGUCCUCGGGGUCGCGUUGCCGAUGGCCAUUGGUGGGGCCGUCUUAAUACGUUCGGCAGAGGAUGGACCUCGGAGAAGCUGUGCCAGAGGGGAUGGUAAUCGGCUCGGAGGUUCGACAGACUCGGAGUCCGCUGCAGUCAGGUCACUUUCAUUGUGUGCUGUGUCUGCGAGGCUGAGUCGGGCGGCGCCGUGGAAGUCCAUAGUGGGGGUAUUCCCUUCUGCCACCGGCGUGGGAUGGCGAGUCUGUCGGGACCCUGGGGACUUGUGGAAACUGUGUGGUGAUUUCUUUUGAACUUAUAGUCCUUUAACAUCUUUGGACUAUUUUUACUGUGCCCAUGGUCUGUUUUUUUUAUCAAUUAUACUAUUGUUUGCACUGCUGUAACUAUAUGUUGUAGCUAUGUGGUUUUGUGCAGGUCUUGUAGCUUUAGUUUUUGGUCUUGUUUUGUCUGGUGGAUUUGGAGCUCCUUUCCGGGGAACGCGCUAAGACGGUAGCACGAUAUUAAUAUGCAGCAGCCUCUCCAGACUCUGGAUUGGGGAUUGCCAAACGUUACGUGGAUUUUCUGGUGUAGUCUGUUUUGUCAUAUGCUUUUGUGAUAUCAUUUUGGAGGAACGUUGUCUCAUUUUUUAACUCCAUUGCAUUUGUGGUUUCUAAAUGACAAUAAACUGAAUCUGAAUCUGAAUCUUUAUUCUAGCAAAACGAGUAUAUGGGCAUCAUAUUGAAGACACUCUUGGAAGAAGAGACCCAUCUGACCCAUUAUUACAUGGCAUUUUUAUAUGUUGAAGCUCAAAAGUAACAGGAGGAUAAUUCAUCAGUCCUGA